AUGAUGUUGCUAUUUGGAACACUGCUGGUUAAGAAAGAUCUUAAUCUAUUGUGAAAAUUUCAUCUCAAUUAUUUAAAGGCUAAAUCAUUAAUUGAACUCUCUUAAUUCUUUGAUAUGCUAAGAUUUAAGUGAACCUUUGUCAUUUGAUAGUGUAGCAUCUUGGAUUUAAUUCUUAAAACCUGAAGGACCUUAAUAUCUAAAAAUUAUAAUCGUGGGUACUAAAAAAGAUCUCAAAAGUUCAAUAUACAUAAGAAGAAUUUAAAUAAAUAUCUAAUUCCUGGAAAGUAAAUUUUUCAAAAUGAAUUUCCAAUUAUUUAACUUCCUCAAAUUAUGA